AUGGAACCUUGCUCAGCAGCUAUGCGGGGACCAAGGAAGAUGCCGUAUCCUUGCGUUUCUCCUCCUUUGGCACGGGAAUUCCCAGCCAGCUCUAAGUUUGCUGGAUAUCACCAUCCCUCUUCAGUAGAAAGCAUGGUGUCUGACGCCUCAGAGUCGACAGUCACGUUCUCUUCUGACGACCAUGCGUCUCUAUGGCUGUUCAAGAGGACAGCGGCUCUGACGCCCAUUCUAAGAAAUUUGAACGUUGGCCGCAUCACAAGUAAAUUCUUCUAUCUGGAAUGGACCUCCGACACUCGGCUCGCAACGAUCAUCGGCACAAGCGCCACGGCCGUGAGCACCCCAAAGACCCUCAUUCUCGGAAACCAAAUCGGGGUCAUUCUAACAGCAACUUUGAUCCAGGUUGUGGUGGCAGCGGGGAAUACGGAACUGGUCGGAGUCAGGACUUCGUUUGGAAGUGGUUGGGGGAGACAAAUCGUCAACGUGAAAGGUCAAGUCCAACCCCCCGUCGGCCUGGGAAACGACCUCUUUCUCCCCGUGCUGACGGCGUCGGAGAUCAUCAAAUUGAUUGUCGGCACGGAUCCCUCGAUGCAAAAAGGAGGAUCCGAUUCCCCUUCUCAAACUUUCGAGAAACGCCCGAGACAUAAAACGCGAGAGGAUAAAUAUGACAGGGAAAGGAAACCUCGCGGCACCAGGAAACACUCCGAGUCAUCCAAACCCGGAAAACCGAAACGUCGCAAAGAGGUCGCCAAGAAACAACUCGCGUCACGUCGCGAGGUCAUGAACAAUUUCACGUCCCAGACAGUUCGGAGUGACCGAGUCACACUACACCCAGGGGCUACGCCGGGUAUCUUCCAGAAUGGGCAUUUUUCUUCGAAUAACCACACCGAAGAUCUCGCCCAUGUGGGAAUGGACUGGACACCCCAGGUCAACCAUCACCAGAACGUGACCAGACGAUCGUCAAAGUCCCGCGACAGAGAAAAGAGGAGAAGAGAGAGGGAACUGGAGGACAUGAAUGCGUACUUUAGACCCAGGAGCGUAUCAAGAUUGGAGCGAGGGAGGACUAGACACACCAAUCCCGGGUCGGAUGCUAGCGAUGACGCGACACAACAAUCGCCCAAAAUAUGCCGCAGGUCAGUAUCUACUUACAGUCAAGCCACGAGUUACCACUGCCGGUCCUUGAGCCAGCCGUCUCGAGAUAGACGCCAAGGAAAACAUGGCAGUGGGGUUAGUCCACCCAGACGGAGUGGCGACCUUUAUGAUGUCGGACAAGAUCUUCAGAACACGGGAGUGUCAAAGGAUGGAUUCAGCCUCCAACAUCAACGAGGGCGGUCCCGUCGCCCCUCCAGCCAUUUGAUUCCUUCGCCGGUGCUUAAUAGUGCAGGAGACACAAAUCAGAAACUAGUGACAUCGCGACCUCCUCCCAUCAUUCGGUAUGUGGACAAGGGCGUCACAGCAACGGUCGAGUCCAUAGACUGUUGCAAAGUAACAGGAGAUGGACCAGCUAUUGAAUACGAUGCCCUUCCCUCGCUCUCGUGUUCUGGGCCUGACGCUACAUCCAACUGCUUGCCGGGACCCUCAGUCCCCCCAGAAACCAAUGAACGGGACGAUGCUACACAAACAAGGAGCAUUCAGCUUAGCAACCAGCAAUCAACGACAGAAGAGGCGCUGGUGCGAGAAGCAAUCGCCCGACGAGCAUACAUGGAGACUCCUGGGAAUAAAGGGGUUCCCGCUCCCUCAUCAUCGCUAGACCCCGUUCGAAUUCAGUUAGCACCCACCGACAACCACACAGGGGAAGCGGCUGAACGCAUUGUGGACGUCGGCUACACCCCAUGGUCCAACCGUGCUUCAAGUAUACAAAGGUUUCGACCUCCAGAGGGCCAGCAUAUCCAGUACUCCUGCGCAGCCAACCGGGACGAGAACAGUCUAGCGACUAGCGCUACGGCCAUGGCUGGUACAGCCAGCGUGCAUGUCAGCGUAGCAGGACAGCAUCCGAGCACCCCGCGGCCAACGAGUGCCAAUGGGACUACUAACCUCAAACUGACGUCAGUAGAGGACCUAGCUAUUCGCAACCCCAUGGGAAGAUGGGUUCCGGAAGAUUCCAGAAUGAUGUGCACAGAACGACCUGAGCUUCGUCUCUCAAGGGAAUUCUUAGACUCAGGGCACAUGUAUACAAGCGCUGGACAGGGCACCGACAAUGAUAUUUCUCGGCUGGACAGAGAAGUCUUUCACGAACACGUUCUACGAAGGCGAAGAGGCUUUCCGGAAUGGGAUAUAGUGCCCAACUACGGCCGACACUCCCCGCCACUUUUCAUGCAGAACCGCAUUCCGAGCGAAGAGACCUACGAGACGGAGACAUACGAUCAUCCCUUACAUGGCGAGGCUGACAAGAGACAAAUGUUCCUGUCUCAGGCAGAGCUCGAGGUUUCGGCAGACGCGAGUCUGCGACGUCAUGGUCUUCGCCCAUUGGGUUCUCUGAACUCUGAUGAUAGAGGCUUGGGCAUGGCGACGUUCUGGGGAGCAAAUUCCCUCAUAUAA